CUGUAAAAAUCUUUAAAGUUGGCCUUUCAAUUAUAGAGGAACUUGUCAAUUAUAAAACAUAAGGUUAUCUGGAGUGCGUGUGGUGCUAAAGUUGCAGCUGGGAGAUCGGUUGUGAAGACGAUGGAGCAGCCCACAUCACGAUCCCAGGAGAGAGAGGUUGAUGAACCAAGCUGGUCACGAUACUCAGGAGUGCGUCACGCAGUAAUUGAUGGCAUCUGGAUUAGUCUCGAAAGAUUCUUCGAGCAGAGUUCCGCAUUCACAAUCAGGAUAAACGAAUCUGACGACACAGCACUUCUCCUGGCCGUCAAGGUAGGACGAGAGUAUUCCUUUAUCGAGAAGAUGGUUAAUAAGACGCCGUCAUGCUGCCCAAGCUUACUGACUCAGAAGGACAAGUCCGGCAAUACAGCUCUUCAUGCUGCGGCACAGCUCGGAAAUGUCAAAAUAGCUGAGCUGCUCGUGAACAAAAAUCGUGAAUUGCGGGGUUUUUUCAACAACGAUGGUUUGUUGCCAAUCCAAGUUGCCGCAAAUCGAGGUCACAAAGGGAUGACUUCAUACUUGCUCGAUAUCUGCCUGAAAACUAAUUAUUCUAAUCUACAUGAAGAUGAAGCUGCUGGCAGCGUUUUGCUAUCUCUAGUAAAAGCAAAAUUUUAUGAUUUGGCUUUAAAGUUGCUUGAAAAGAACCCCGAGUUGGUACGUGGGAAUGUUUCUUAUUUGGAGCUGAUGAAAACUUCUGUUUCCCGAAGUGGAAGGAUUUUGGAGCUGAUGGCUGAGGAACCUUCUGUUUUCCAAAGUGGAACAUGCUUCGGCAUUUGGGGGUCCUUAAUUUAUUCUUUGUCUGUGUCUCCAGAGGCACCUGGAAUACUUUGGAAAAAGCUUGAAGUUCUAGUACCACCUAUGGAGCGCAUUCGUCACAUAAAAUUGAUGCAUCAUCAAGCAAGUCAGCUAUUCAAACUCACAUUCUCAUUUAUUAUAACUUGGCCAUAUGGCGCCGCUGUCGCUGCAAUGAAGAGGCCAUUUAUUUUAGCGGCACAGAAUGGAUUAACAGAGAUUGUCACUAAAAUUCUAUAUCAUUUUCCUGAGACAAUAAAUUCUACAGAUGAAGAGAAUCAUUCGGGAUUUCAUCUUGCUGUAAUGUACCGCCGUGAAAAGGUUUUUAAGAUUCUUCAACAGCAGAAUAUUGGACAGGAUAAGAUGUUCUCAAUUGAUAAUAAUCGUAACAAUAUAUUGCAUUUGGCGGGAUACAGAGCCCGUCAAGACUCACUCGAUCUUAAUCGUGGAGCAAUUCUUCAAAUGCAGUAUGAAAUCAGGUGGUUUAAGGAAAUGGAGGGACUUGUAACAUCUAAAGAAAUUAAAUCAAAGAAUUCUGAUGGGAAGACUCCACUGGCUAUCUUCAAUGAAGAGCACACUAACUUGGUUUCAACUGAAAUAAAAUGGAUGACAGAAAUGGCUACUGCAUGCUCAGUAGCAUUAUCACUCAUUGUUACAGUGGCAUUUGCUGCUGCAAUCACCGUUCCUGGAGGGAACGACAGUAAUGGCCUCCCCAUUUUCUCUAACCAGACGUCCUUCUUAGUCUUUUCCAUUUCAGAUUCCCUUGCACUUGUCUUAUCUGUUACAAGUGUUCUAUCUUUCAUAUCCAUUUUUACUUCCCGCUAUGGAGUUGAUGAUUUUCUUCAUACCUUGCCCAACAGGUUGAUAAUCGGCCUAAUUUCCUUGCUCUUCUCUGUAAUAUCUCUAAUGGUUGCCUUUAGUACUACUAUAUUUCUUGUGUUUGCUAAGAAGAAUCCCCUGAUUCUCAUACCAAUAAUCAUAUCGGCUUGUUUACCAGUCUUAUUCUUUAUGGAACUGCAGCUUCCUCCCCUUCUCAAUAUGAUAAAACUUAUAUUUUGA